AUGAAGCUGCUGUCUUCUUGGGUUGUGGCCGCCUUGGCUGCGCAGGCUGCCGGUGCUGCUUUGAGCCAUAAGUUCGAUGGCUUCACUAUCCGGGAGCAUGCGGAUCCCGCGAAACGGGACCUGUUGCAGAAAUAUGUAACCUGGGACGAGCACUCCCUAUUCAUCAAUGGCGAGCGGCUGAUGAUUUUCAGUGGCGAAGUCCACCCAUAUCGUCUGCCUGUCGCCUCGCUGUACAUUGAUAUCUUCGAGAAGGUCAAGGCUCUGGGAUUCAAUUGCGUGUCAUUCUACGUUGAUUGGGCUUUGUUAGAAGGCAACCCCGGCCACUUCUCUGCUGAGGGAGUCUUUGACCUGCAGCCUUUCUUUGAUGCGGCUAAGGAGGCUGGUAUCUACUUGCUGGCUCGUCCUGGUCCCUACAUCAAUGCCGAGGUCUCUGGUGGCGGUUUCCCCGGCUGGCUGCAACGAGUCAAUGGUACCUUGCGGACUAGCGAUGAGGACUACCUGAAGGCGACCGAUAACUACGCCUCCAAUAUUGCUGCCACAAUUGCCAAGGCACAGAUCACCAACGGUGGCCCGGUCAUUCUAUACCAGCCUGAAAAUGAGUACUCCGGUGCUUGCUGUGGCGAUGAUGACUUCCCGGAUGGCUCUUACAUGCAAUAUAUUGAGGACCAUGCCCGUGCAGCUGGAAUCGUCGUUCCAUUCAUCAGCAAUGAUGCCUGGGCUGCUGGCCACAACGCUCCCGGAUCUGGUAAGGGUGCGGUCGACAUUUAUGGCCACGAUAGCUAUCCUUUGGGCUUCGAUUGCGCCAAUCCUUCGACAUGGCCCAGCGGUAAUCUUCCCACUAAUUUCCACACCAGCCACGAACAACAGAGCCCUACAACUCCUUACUCUCUGGUCGAGUUCCAAGGUGGAGCGUUUGACCCCUGGGGAGGAGUUGGUUUUGCAAAGUGCGCUGCUCUUCUGAACCACGAGUUCGAGAGAGUGUUCUACAAGAAUGACUUUAGCUUCGGUGUUGCUUUCCUGAACCUGUAUAUGAUCUUCGGUGGUACCAACUGGGGUAAUCUGGGCCAUCCUGGUGGAUACACCUCGUAUGAUUAUGGCUCCGCAAUCUCCGAGUCUCGUAACAUCACUCGUGAGAAGUACAGCGAGCUGAAGCUGCUCGGAAACUUUGCUAAGGUGUCCCCGGCUUACCUUGUGGCCAACCCUGGGAACCUGACUACCUCCACGUAUACCAACACUGCCGAUCUGACCGUGACUCCUCUGCUUGGAAGCAACAGCUCUCCUUCCUCGUUCUUUGUGAUCCGCCACUCCGACUACAGCAGCCAGGCUUCGGUCGAUUACAAGCUCACCGUCCCGACCAGUGCUGGAGAUCUGACUAUUCCUCAACUCGGUGGAAGCCUGACUCUCAGUGGUCGGGACUCGAAGAUUCACGUUACUGACUACGACGUGGCUGGCACUAACAUCCUCUACUCUACUGCCGAGGUCUUUACCUGGAAGAAGUUCAACAACAACAAGGUCCUUGUUCUAUACGGUGGCCCUGGCGAGCACCAUGAGUUCGCGGUUUCCGGCGCGUCAAGCAGCUCUGUCGUCGAGGGAUCUUCUUCUGGUAUCACAUCCAAGAAGGUCGGCAAGGCACUUGUUAUCGCUUGGGAUGUCUCGACUACUCGUCGCAUUGUCCAGGUUGGUAACUUGAAGGUCUUCCUUCUCGACCGGAACUCGGCCUAUAACUACUGGGUGCCUCAGCUUCCCACCAAGGGCACCGCCCCCGGAUACAGCAACCAGGAGACUACUGCCUCGUCAAUCAUCGUCAAGGCCGGCUAUCUCGUGCGAAGUGCGUACCUGGAAGGUAGUGACCUGCACAUCCAGGCUGAUUUCAACGCUACUACUCCUAUUGAAGUGGUUGGUGCUCCUUCUGCUGCCAAGAACCUGGUCAUCAACGGCAAGAAGACCCAAGCCAAGGUCGAUAAAAACGGUAUUUGGUCAACGAGCGUGUCAUACAACGCGCCAAAGGUCCAAAUUCCCAGUCUCAAGAGCCUGAAGUGGAAGUCCAUCGACACACUCCCCGAGCUACAGAACUCAUAUGAUGACUCUGCCUGGGUUUCUGCCGAUCACGCCUACACCAACAACAGCGCCCACUCGCUCGAGACCCCGACUUCCCUGUUCUCAUCCGACUACGGCUUUAACACUGGUACUCUCCUCUUCCGUGGCCACUUCACAGCCAAUGGCAAGGAAAAGACUUUCUUCGUGCAGACCAAGGGAGGCACCGCAUACAGCCACUCGAUCUGGAUCAACGAGACCUACAUUGGCUCCUGGGCCGGAAAUAGCGUCGACGACAACUACAAUGCCACAUAUACACUGCCUACUCUGCAGUCCGGCAAGAACUACGCUAUCACUGUGGUCGUCGACAACAUGGGUCUGGACGAGGACUGGACCAUCGGCUCAGAGGACAUGAAGAACCCCCGCGGAAUCAUCCAGUACUCUCUUUCUGGCCAAGAAGCUAGCGCCAUCUCCUGGAAGUUGACCGGCAACCUGGGCGGCGAGAACUACCGCGACACUGUCCGCGGCCCUCUGAACGAGGGUGGCCUCUACGCCGAGCGCCAGGGCUUCCAUCAACCCCAGCCACCAACCCAGAAAUGGGACUCUAGCAGCCCAUUCACUGGCCUGACCAAGCCAGGAAUCAGCUUCUACAGUACUAGCUUCGAUCUCGAUCUGCCCUCCGGCUAUGAUAUCCCGUUGUACUUCAACUUCGGCGAUAGUACCUCCACUCCGACUGCGUACCGUGUACAGCUGUACGUGAACGGAUACCAGUAUGGCAAGUACGUGAACAAUAUUGGUCCUCAGACAAGCUUCCCUGUUCCUGAGGGUAUUUUGAACUACCAUGGUACAAACUGGGUUGCAUUGAGUCUGUGGGCUCAGGAGGAUAGUGGUGCCAAGUUGGAUAGCUUCGAGUUGAUCAACACUACCCCUGUACUCACGUCGCUGGGUGAGGUCAAGUCUGUGAACCAGCCGAAGUAUCAGGCUCGGAAGGGUGCCUAUUAG